AUGGCCGACUACGCCAGCCCCGCGCCGUCCGACGGCGGCAACACCGAGCCCAAGAAGAUCACCUUCAGGUUCUGUGCCGACUGCUCGAACUUGCUCUACCCCAGGGAGAACCCGGAAGACCGCAACUCGCUCCAGUUCGCGUGCCGCACCUGCAACUACUACACGGACGCCGACACGUCGUGCAUCUACCGCAAUGAAAUGAGCAACACCGCUGCCGAGACCGCCGGCGUGACGAGUGACCUGGGCCAGGACCCGACGGUUAGUAAUGCUGCUGUUCACACUGGCGCGCCCCCGCAUCACCACUCCGGCAACAUGAACCCCUACAUGGACGUGGAGGAUAUGGACAUGAACGUGAUGGACGACGUGCCGUCCUUCUGCACCAUGUGCGGCCAAGAGAUCUUCUGCGAGAUCUGCGGCCAGGAAACCAAGGACGCCGGCCUGUUCAUAGAAGCCGACGACGAAGAUCCCCACCACGCCCUUCAUGCAAACCGCCCGAAAGAGAUCCCGCUCGGCCCGGCCGACGAAUACGAUUUCGACGAGGACAAUGAUGCGGACAUGAUGGACCACGACCACCACGUCAACGGACAGUCGCACAUGACAGAGCGGAACGGCACGCAGCAAGAGCAGGAGUCCUGA